GGAAGACGCGAGCACGAGAAAGGCAACAGCGAAGCGGCUCAGAGAAAAGCCGAGCCCCGCAUUCCAGGACACAAGGCUGCGUUACUUGGCUCAGCCCCGGGGCGGCCGCUAGCAUUACACUAUCAUUUUUUUUUUAAUGCCAACGUCGGCGCACAGCCCUUUUCAGACGAAAAUGAACCCACUGCUGGGUUCCAACGUCUUUUUACUGCAUCAAGAGCUGCAGAGUCAGAUUGCAGACGCCACGACAGCUGCUGCUACCACCGGAGAGGGGUUGCUGGCGGAUCAAGACUUCUUCCCGGGAGUAGAUUUGUCCUCUUUACAGCAUACGAUUAACGCUAACAACAUCAACAACGCGCCGUUUCCCCCUGCCAUGGCUCUGCGUAAUGACUUAGGGUCCAACAUUAGCGUCCUGAAGACCCUUAAUUUGCGGUUCCGCUGCUUCCUGGCAAAAGUGCACGAACUGGAACGCCGCAACAAAAUUUUGGAAAAGCAGCUGCAGCAGGCUCUGCAGGAAAACGGGGACGUACAGUUGGCAAAACCACCUACCAAGGAUCAGGGCGUUCAGACGGGCUUCGUUGGGCCCAUUUCAAUGCGAUCAGUGCCUUGCAACGUCGGGCCUGGCCCGGCUUACCGCAGCGGCCCCAGUGCCUUCACCCCGACGCUGACGUCAAUUCUGACCCUGGAGCCUACCCACAACCAUGCCAAUGCCAGUAACACCAGCAGCGCCGGCACAGCCACUGUCGACAAUACUCGCUUCCUACCCGGGACGAUCUGGUCUUUUAACCACACUCGUAAACUGGGCACUGGCUUAGAGACUCGGGUGACUGGACCGGGUGUAUCGUGGGUCCAUCCGGACGGCGUCGGAGUACAGAUUGACACCAUCACACCGGAGAUCCGGGCCCUGUACAAUGUGCUGGCCAAAGUGAAAAGAGAGCGGGACGAAUACAAACGAAGGUGGGAAGAAGAAUACACUUUAAGGGUUCAAAUGCAGAACAAAAUUGAAGAACUUCAAGAGGAGGCACAGGAAUCUGCAGCGUGCCAAGAAGAACUUGCCCUGAAGGUACAACAGCUCAAAGCCGAGCUGGUGGUCUUCAAAGGGUUAAUGAGCAAUAACCUCAGUGAAUUGGACACAAAGAUUCAGGAGAAAGCAAUGAAAGUUGAUAUGGACAUUUGUCGACGGAUUGACAUCACAGCCAAACUGUGUGAUGUGGCACAGCAACGAAACUGUGAGGACAUGAUUAAAAUGUUCCAGUCACUGCACUUGUCUCCCCUCAAGGUGGCCCCUAACAGCUCAGGAUCUAUGGGCCGUAGAUCCCGGGAAAGGAAGCAGGCUCAACCAGCCCAGCCAGUUAGUGAUGAUGAGCCUCUCAGUAUGUCGGAGAGUGAAGGCAUUGGUGGUGGUGGACACACAGAGGAGGAUAGCAUGGCUACCAAUCAAAUUAAUGAAGAGAUGCAGAGGAUGCUUAAUCAGCUUCGGGACUAUGACUUUGAAGAUGACUGUGACAGCCUAGCCUGGGAGGAAACAGAAGAAACACUCCUUCUGUGGGAGGACUUUCCUGGAUAUGCAUUGGCAGCAGUGGAGGCACAGGGAGAGCAAGAGGAGAACCUUGAAAAGGUAAUCAAAGACACUGAAUCUCUGUUCAAAUCGAGAGAACGCGAGUACCAGGAGACGAUUGAUCAAAUAGAGCUAGAGUUGGCCACUGCAAAAAAUGAUAUGAAUCGACACUUACAUGAAUAUAUGGAGAUGUGCAGCAUGAAGAGGGGACUGGAUGUGCAGAUGGAGACAUGCAGGAGGCUGAUCACACAGUCUGGAGACAGAAGAUCUCAGUCUGUGGGCCCAUUUUCUGGUGGAGACAAUGGUGCUAGUGAAGAGAGUGAGGACUCGGAAAGAGAAAGGACAUCUCCUCCUGCGAAUGGGAGAUGAAACUAAGUAAAGUGAAAGAAAGACUGGAUGUUUCUUUUGAAAUUAAGAAUAUCCAUCAUGACUCCAUCCUUAGCUCAACACUCCUGUAGUUUUAUACCACAGUUGCUUCUGAGAGUCCAUGUGAAGCAUUGCCCUCCAUAUGUGGAAUAUCUGAUUUAGUGACAUAAUGCACAUUUUAAAAAGAAUGAUUUAAGUAUUACAUAUCUGUGUAAAUCAUGUAGCAUUGGCCAGAUCAUCCUAAUACUCAGGGGACUCUAUCUGUAGAGCCUCAGUUUGUUUAUAUGCCAUUUCUUUGUUUAUGUGUUUACAUAUAUGCACUUUGAAGGGUGUGGGUGUGUAUAUAAAUUCUACAAGUUGUAUAUGUAUAUAAAAUAUGUACAUAAACGUGUUAUAUGUAUUACGCUUUACAAGAGGCUUAAAAGAGAAUGUCAAAGAACUGGUAAAUUCCUCAGAAACACUUUCUUAUUCUGUUCUACCUGGGGAGAGGCCUGCUUUGACAAUGUUCUCUUUGUGCCCCACUCACAUGUUUAACAGUUAUGCAUUUAAAAAAAACAUACAUGCAUAUUUUUUUUCCAUCCACAUUUGCUUAGACCUAUGUUUUCACAAAAGUCAGCAGUUGUGGUAUUUCUGUUUUCCAGAGGUAGACAUGCAAUAAGCCAGCUUUUUUGCCAUUAUGCUUGCCAAAGCAUCCUCCACUGCUGAAAAUAAGAUAAUGCUAUGAGGCAGGGGAACCAGAGUGUUCUAUAAAAUAUGGCACAUUUAGUUUUUUAAAUGUUUCUGUGAUUGGAACCAAAGUUUUCUUGCAUUCAAAAAAUGAAAAUAUAGCAUUAAAAAUGUUAAUGGGAUGGAAAAAUCCUUUGAUUCUCUUUUUCUCUUCUCUGAGUUGUAUUUACAUUGACUCUCUAAGAGUCAGUUCAACUCUUGACAAAGUUGUUAAUUUUCAUAAUCAUUUUGUGUCCUUUUUUAUGGCACUAUCUGGUCACACUGCUAUUAUGGCAUCCAUCUUUAGCACUUCUGUCUCAGUGAAUGCAAGUACUGGUUAUGAGGUGUGGGACUUCUGUAGAUGCAAGGGUCAGAAGGAGGAAACAAAGCCAAAAUGAUUUUACACUGCUUGCUGAAUUUCCAAUGUUUAGUGUGUAUGACUACAAGUUAACUUACAGAAUGUUAAUAUAAUCUAUUGUUUAAAUGUGUAUAAACUAUUUCCAGUAAGUACCACAAGAGUCCAGAUCUAUUUCUUGCUGAAUGUGCUGUAUGGGGAUUUGCCAGUAUAAGAAAGAAGAAUCCCAAAUUCAACUGAUGCUUGAAGGUUUUGUUUUGUCACUCCACAGGAUUCCCAAGCUAAUUAAUUGCCUAAAAACCUAAAAGGCCUAACCUCAGUAAUUCUACUAGCACGGCAGGUGCCAGUGCUGGAUCACUGGUACCAGUAAUGUUUACAUUGUAUAUUACCUAUAAAUACCAGUGCAAAGCAGGGGGAACAGUCUUGCUAUUUCAGAAAUGCAGUCUUAGCAUGUGGCCACAUUGGCGAGUUUAACAAAUGAGGCUCUAUUGAAUGUUUUCAGGGGCAAGUUGGUACUUCUCAUUUUUAAAGUUUAAUGCUCUGAAUGUCAGACAUUCAGCUGUGGAAUGUGUACAUAACCUGAAAGCACCAGUUUAAAAUGGCGCUAGUAAUUAAAUUUGCCUGUUAGACUGGAUUUUAUUAUUUAAGCCUGUAUUCUCAAAAUAUGUGUAAAUAUUGAAAGUUUCAGUAUGCUAUACUUGAAUUUGGACAUGUCUCAGCUUGAGACGUUGUAGAUUAUGGCACUGGUUCAGUGCUGUGCUAGCUAGCUUUUUAAAUACCUAUUGGUGCAUUCACCAGUAUGGUAAAUUGGUGACUGGACACGCGUCUCUUUAAGCAAUUAAAUGCCAGAGUUGAAAAUGUUGAUUUUAGUGUAUAUCAUAAGUGUCUGCAUACUCCGCGUGCUGGUAGGUGGUCUUUUGAAGAGCUCAGGGCUGUUUGGUUAAAUACAAUCACUAGCAAGAUUCAUACAAAAGUGUUUAAAGUGAGCUCAGGUAAGAUAGUUAAUGAGGGACCUCAUAGGAUACUAGGUUUAUCCUUGUACAGUAUGUAAAUAUGUAACUGAAACAGAGAUUUAAGUCAUACACCCUGUUGCAUAUGUAACAUAAGAGAAACAUGGAAGAAAGUCAAUAUCUGGUGCAUUUAGUCAAUACUUCACAUUUAGAUUACCUAAAUGGUGCUGGCAGAAGUGAAGUGAUGCAGAAAUACUUUGGUAUCCUAUAGUCUUAUGACUAAAGAGUUGGAUUUCAGAUCCAAAGUUUUCAAGUCAUAAAGGAUGAGAAACUCUGCAUUUGUACAGUAGUUGCAAUUGUCUAAUUUACCAUGCAAUGGCAGGGAUGUUUAUACUUACUUCUCUAUGGGGACCCAUUUUGAAGCCCAGGACAUGUGGAUUCCUUAUAACAACUGCCAUAUAUUUUGUCGAUGUUAAAGGCCAUAUUUAUCUGUUGCUUGUUUUUCUUUUUUUUUUUUUUUCUUUCAAAUUAUAAUUUCUAACUCAAGCUAAAACUGGUAAAAAAUCAAACACAUUUUUGUGCUAUUAAGAGUGUAGAAAAUAUCAAAAUCCAUCCACCCAGCUUCUAAACCCACUUAUUCAGAAGAUAGUCUUUGGAAACUCGAGACAGUCCCUAUGAGCAUUGCGCGCAAGGCAGCAACAAUGACUGACCAGGCUAUCACACACACCCAUCGGGACAAACAUACCAUCAUCAAUCCACUUAACCUGCUUGUCUUUGGACUGUGGGAGGAAACGUAGCAGAGACCAUGCAAACUCCACACAGGGAGCACCCAGGACCAGUCACCUUGUUGUGAGGUAGCAGUACUACUUCUGUCACCCAAAUGUCAACUUUACAUUUCCAAUGUUUAUGUUAAUUAAAUAUCAACAUAACUUUCUCAAUCCUGUGUAAUUUGAUUUAGUAUUGCAGGGGGACAGAGACAAUCAUGUCAGCACACAAUACAAGGUAGGACAGAGCAGUAGAUUAACCAGUCCAGGGCCUGUAUUUAUCAAGCAUCUCAGAGCUGAAAAAUGGUCCCAACUGGGUCAGAAAUCUCAGAGUGAUGGAUGUUUGGUCCUACUAAUUAGGCAGAGUUGAAAAGCAUUUUUAUCAAGUUAUUUUAAUUUAGGGAACUAUUCCUAACUUCACCAGGAUUUAAGAGAGCUCACAAGUUGACCUAACUUACUAGGAGCUGCCAGAAGAUUGCUUUUAGGCAGAGACUGUCAGACAGGUCCUAGGAAAGCCAAAACGUUUUGGAAAUGCUGGGUAACAAUGAACUUGUAAAAAUAUAUUUGACAGAGAUGGAAUAACAUUGGUAACAAAUGUAUGUUACACAAUUGGUCCAUCUACAUAGAGAAGCCAUGUGUAGUCCGCUCACAAUAAAACAUUAUGUGUAAAAUGCAGCUUUGAAGUAGCGAUGACUAUGUCACAAUCAGACAUUUUUCAAAUUUUGUACCAAACUUUGAAUGCCCUCACAAUUCAUCGCAAGCUGUAUUUUUUCAAAUCCACAUGCACAUAACUAUCGUUGCCCCAAGUGUGGAUGAGCACACAUAUGUCAGUCGCAAGUGAUACCCUGCAGACAGUAUGGGUGGUUGACACAAAAUGUCACACAGGUAUGCUGAGAACCCUUGGAACAUUCACAUAGCCGUUUACAAGCCCAGGAAAGUUCAAGAAGGUAGGCAAAGACUCCUCCCAGGGCAUUGGAUAAACUGAACCUUGCACAAAAUAAAUUGGGGCACAGUAGAAGACUAUCAGGACAUUGGAAGAGUGAACAUGAUUUCAGAAACAGUGCAAGAAUAGCUGUUUGCUAGCUAGUUUCAGUAAUUGUUACUUUAAUGUGGUUUUUCCCAUUGCCAUACCAGUACCAGUAUGGCUGUGGAUUAUCCAGUCAUUCAUCCAUUUUAUAUGGCACAAGUCAGAUACAAUUCCUGGAUCUUUCAUUGUUAAACUGGCACAAUUUUGGGCUUUUAUUUGGUGUGUGUGUCUUGGUCCUUCCUUCUCAGUGCUCGUUAUAGCAUUGUUCUUUAUGUUGUUACAAAGUCUAACAAUUAUUUGCAACUUAGAGCAAUAACCUACCUUAUUGUGUUUUCCUUCUUCUUCGACUACUUUGAAUAUUAUUAUUGUUAUUAUCUUCAUGGUGCAGUCUUAGCAUUAGUAUCAGAAAACUAAAAAACUAUGUCAUCAUGACUUCCAGUUUGCAGCUUGGGGUGUUGGUAAGUUGUGAUGUCAUUUAUUGCCAGACAUGACCUCCUACUUCUCGCCGAGACUGGGACUAGGAUGCUUCAUAAAUAUCUCUUAUUCUGUGAUGUUUAGUGUAAUUCUGAGAUGCUUGAUAAAUAUGUGCCCAGAUUUCAUUACUUUCUACAUUUUAAAAUGAACAUAACAAAAUAUGCCUACAUUGCAAGCUACUGAAAUAGCAUAUAAAACAACAUAGUUCCAUAUACUCAAUAGAUACUCAAUUUAUGUAUCACUUAUGAAACCACACACUUCCAUUAGAAGUACAUUAUGGAAGAGUCUUAAGAUAAUUAAGGUAUAUCAAAUAAAAUAAGAACAGUCUAGGAUUUUGAAGUGGUGUCAGGAGAGUUUUAUAAUGAGUCCAUAUGUCAGAAUUGGUGAACCUUAUGUGUGAAAAGGUGAGUCGUUGAUGAUGAAUGUAGAGUAAAAAUAUGCCUCAGUCAUUAUGGAAGACAUGUUUCUCAGUAGGCCCAGAUCUCAGAUUUAGGCUUGAGGACCCCAGGAGUUCCAGUUUCAUUAAGUCAAUGUAUUCCUAACACUUAAUAACAGUUUUAACAUGACCUGUUUCCCUGCUGGCACAUUUAUUAUGUCAAACCCAAUGUAUCAAAUCUGAUUUACUUUACUUUUAAAAGGGAUUAUAUAUAAUGUAUUUUUUUAAAUCGACUUGUUUUUGAGAAUUUUCUUAGGUGUAUGUGCUUUAUAUUUCUUUAGAAAGUAUACAUUUUCUUAAAGCUACAAGCCCUAUUUAAGCAUAUGCUUUUAAAAGAAACUAUUUAGAAACAAUUAAGAAGCCAGGAUUUCAUUUAAAAUCUGCUUAAUAAAAUCAAUACAGCAAAAUGAUAUCAAAACGCAUGUAUUCACACCUUUCAAGCAUAAAUAGAGACCCGUCAAACCAAGAAUUCAGUUAAUGGGUAAGAACAGAAUAUCUGUCUAUCUGUUUUCCAAACUCCUUACUCCAGGGCAAGUGCACCAUGCGCCAAGCCUAAAUGGAGUGCCAUUGGAUCAGAGGCCACUCUUAAUAAUUUCCAAGAGAGCUUCCCGACCUGAAUGUCUUGGCUGAAGAGAGCAUUGGCAGCCAAAGAGAUUAGAGAGCUCCUAAUGCAGGGGUGUAGGCCUAGCAAGUGUAAGCACAAAAUUCAAUGUUUACAUUGCUGCUGCUCUUUAGAAACAUUAUCUAGUGCCCGCCAUUCAUCAUCUGUUCUGUUCUAGUGUCACAUAAGCUACACCUUGGCUUUAAUAAUAUAUUAGCCUUUAUUACCCAAAAACGCUUUGUUGCAUUCCAUCAUCGCCAAAUGUGAUUUGAAAGAACUGUACUAAUAAUCAGUUUUUCUCCAGGGAUUGAAAUGCUACUGUAAUACCAUAUGAUAGCAAAUCUUUUCCUCUCAGCUUGUAAAAGGGGCAUAUUUGAUCUGAUAUUAAAUGGCGGGUGACAAUGGGGGUUCUUCAAGAAGUGGUACAAGCCAGGGUGACACAAAUGUAUUGGUUCAAAUGUUACUGUUCAGUUGGAUAAAGUAGAUGACUGCAAUCACAGUAAAUAAAAGCUGUAUCUUCAAGCAAAA